CGCGUGUCGGAGACGGCGGCCUCCUCCUCUUCCCGUUCCCCUUCACCCUCACGGCCUCGCCGCCGCCUCCGCCUCCCCACCAUCGCCGCCCGAAAACUCACUUCUCAAUGAGAGGCCGCGGCAACAACCAUUGGCAGCAGCAACACGGCUACAACCCCCGCGCCGCCGCCGCCGCAUGGCAGCAUGGCGGCGCCUCGACCUACGCCUCGGACGCCGCCGCCGCGCAGCAGGCGGCGGGGAUGAACCCCUAUGCUGCCUACGCCCCCAACCCCCACCAGUACUUGCAAAACCCCUUCAAUCUCAUGCUCCCCAACCUCCUCCUACAGAAUCAAGCCGCCUUCGCCGCAGCCUACCAUCACCAGCAGCAGCAGCAGCAGCAGCAGCAACAACAACAACAACAGCAGCAGUACCAGCCGCCGGCCCUCGUCCCCCCAGGUUACACCCAAAACCCUACCUCCAACAUCCAGCACCGCCCGCCCAACCCCGCGCCCCAGCAGCCCCGCGCCGCCUCACCCCCGCCGGCCCCGCCGCAGCGACCGCAGACGCAGCCGCCGACGCGCAACCAGCAGGCGGUGCUUGAGAGGGCGCAGGUGGCGGCGAGGAAGGCGCGGGACGAGCUCGUGCUGGCCGGCGAGGGCGUCACCGGGUGGAAGGUGGCCCAGGCGGCGCUGCUGGCGCUCAAGGUGGACUCGUGGGGGUCCCUUGGCGUCCAGCUCCAUGACGUGCCCAUCCUGCGCGACCUCUUCCUUGUCGAGGGCAAGGUGAACACAUUCAUCCACUGUUACGUUGCAGCAAGAAAAAUUGUAUCUAUUUGUGAUCUGGAGGUUGAGAUAUGCAAGAGCGAGGGUGUUAGGCAGUUCGAAGAGCUGGGUUUGGGGCCUUUUCUUCAGCACCCACUCAUUGCACACUAUUUUCUGGUACCUUCUGAUUUGUCCACGGUGCCUAAGCUUAGCAGCGAGGAGAUUAUCAAUUGCCUGCAGAAGUAUAUUGGUGAUUCUAAGGACAAAGUCACAGUGGAGAACUUCUUGGAUUAUCUUGCAGAGCAAAAGUCAGUCUCUGGGAAGGAAAAGCUUGGUGUGCGGGUACAGGGCUUGGGGUUGCAUAUUUCCUUACUCCGACAGGCCAGGAGAAAUGAAGUUGCUGCUGUUAAACAUCUAGGCAAGACCAGUGGUUCUGGUGAUAGCACUUGUGGCAAGGAUCUUCCAAAACAGACAGAUUUUCAUUUGGGGAAGCAGGUGUUGAACAAGAGGUUUGAUGCUAUAACUAGCCGUAUAAAGCAAUUACCAGGCAUCAACGAACACAUUCAUUUCGUUUCGUCUGAUGAUGAAAUCGAUGGCGAUACUAGUUCGGAGGGCAAUGCAGUUGAUGAGAGUGAGAAUAAAAAUACCUGUUCUAUUCUUGAUAGCAAGGAUGUUGAUAAGCGCGUUAGUAGCUGCCCAUAUCCUUCAAAAUCAGAAGAAAUGGAACGUCUUGGUUUGAAAUCUGAACUGAGUAAAAAGCCAACUACAGAGAGCAGCAUGGUAAAAGUAACUGAUAAAAAUGUUUAUUCAGGCGAGAAAAGGAAAUACGAAGGAACUGGGACUCCUAGCUCUUUGUGCAAACAACCCAAGAAGCGGCGAAAGGUGGGAAUGCACAAGAAAGAAGCAUCACCUAAUUGCUUUUUAAGUAUAGGUAAGCUGGAGAAAUUCAUAACAACCUGGAAAGAAGCAUGCCGUGAACAUCCAGUUCAACAGGUUUUAGAACUGUUAGCAAAUUACUAUGGAGAAACAACCCACGAGAAGAGAAAAAUAAUACAGUUUUUCUCACAAUACCCUGGGAUUGGCUUCUUAAAUGUCGCUGUUAGAUCGAUGGGUUGUGGUCUGCUGGAUAGUAUUUACGAUGCGAUCCAUGUCUUUAGUGAGAAUAAAUUGUCAUCAAGUCCCAUUCCUAACACCACUACGGAGAUUAUGGAAAUUGAGCCCCCAAGUAGAGAAACUGCUGAAUGCAUUGCUAAAGGAGCCUAUGAUAGCAAUGAGCGCAACUAUGAGCCUGGACACAAUGUCACAACUGAUGAUGUCAUCAGGAGGAUUACUGAGCAUUUCGAGUCCAAGAGUGGAGUGUCUAAAGCCGGGGCUUUGCAAGUGGAAAGAUCUAUUUUCCUGAGGACACUUCAUGAUUGUGAGACAUGGGUAACUACUCAAUUUUCUGCCAGGCAAUUUAGUUCUCUUGGCCAUGGGACUUUCCUUGAAUUUUUGGAAAAAUAUGGCAGUCAUUUCCCCCCUAAGUUGAGUAGUUUCUUGAAAGGGGGGGAUUCUGGUUCUGUGUCUCUGGAAGUGUCUGUACCGCAGCAACAAAUUGAAGCUUUACUCUGCCAAGCCGAGGGUAACUGGCUUGAAGAUGGCGACUUUUCAGGGGACAGCUUCCUUAUGCUUCUCAAAAAGCAGUUCCCCACAAUGAGCUUUGAUAUUACACAAUACAAAUCUGGGGAAGGACUUGAUGGUUCUACUGAGAGACAGAGAAAGUGCAUUCAAACAAAUAAUAUCUCGUUUUCUAUCUCUCUGUUGGAGAAACGGUGGUCUGGAUUGUCUCCAGGUGAGCAUGAUACUGUUGGUGGGCAGAGAAACAAUGCUGUUGAACAAUCUUAUUAUUCUGAAACAGUUUCUUCACGAGAAGCAAUUAACUGUUUACUCAAGGCUCCAAUGUUGUCAGAUCUGCUUCUUUGGUCACAUUGGGAUCUGUUGUUUGCUCCAUCACUGGGCUCCUUCAUACGCUGGUUGCUGAGUACUGGUCCAAUUCAACAGCUAGCUUGCAUUGUGACCACAGAUUGUAGGUUUAUAAGAGUAGAUCCAUCAGCCACGGUAGAUCAAUUUUUAGAAGCCAUUAUUCAAUGCUCACCAUUUCAAGUGGCAGUGAAGCUGCUUUCCUUGAUUCACAUUUAUAAUGGUUCUAGAAACACUCCAAUUUCCUUACUGAAGUGUUAUGCCCAACGAGCAAUAGGUAUCAUAAUGAACAACAACAAUGAUUCUGAAGGCAAAUCAUUUAUGACCGAGGAAUCCCAUAAUCUAAGUGCUGAAGAGCGUGACUGUUCUACUCAUUCUGUUGGCCGUGUUCAAGAAAGCUCCCAGCUGUCUUGUGCAAGAAAUGCCAUGUCUGGUAUCUUAAAAAGCAUCGACAACACUGUUCAUUUUGUUGCCAAAUUUGUACUUGAUUGUCUCGGUCAGCUACCUUCAGAAUUCCGCAGUCUUGCAGCAGAUAUACUAUUGUCUGGACUUCGAACUGUUACCAAAAAUAGCUAUUCAGCCAUCUUGCAUGAAGCCACAGAAACUUGGCAGCUUUGCAUGCUUCAUGAUAUUGGGUUGUCACUUGGAAUCGCGGAGUGGGUUGAAGAUUAUCGUGGAUUCUGUUUAACUGAAGAAGAUGAUGCAAAGGCAGAACUGCAUUCUUCAUCUGGGCAUGCAUCAGCUGCAUCUGAAGGACCUACACUUGAAAACUCUAACGUGCUUAUUCCUCAUGAUGUUGAUAUGAUGAAUGAUAGUAGUAAAUCAUUACCUGGCAAAAAGGAUCAAGUUGUUGCUACAGAUAAUAAAAACCAGAACAUGUUAAAUCCUGUUGAAGCCAAGGCAGAAACUACAGAGUUGCAUACGACCAAAUCUCCCAUGAUGGGAGAAAUGAAUCUUGAGGAAGCAGCUCUAGUUAUUGAGACUAUAAGACGUGAUGAGUUUGGUUUGGAUCAGUCUCUAAGUUGCACCGAGAAUAGUUUGUUGAAGAAGCAGCAUGCACGACUUGGCCGAGCACUGCAUUGUCUUUCACAAGAAUUAUACUCCCAGGACUCUCACCUACUUCUUGAGCUGGUACAGAACGCUGAUGAUAAUACUUAUCAUGAGGAUGUCGAACCUACAUUGGUAUUCGUUCUUCAGGAGAAUGGUAUUGUUAUUCUCAACAAUGAGAUGGGCUUCUCUGCUGAGAACAUUAGAGCUCUUUGUGAUAUUGGUAACUCGACAAAGAAAGGAGCCAAUAGUGGUUAUAUUGGAAAUAAGGGAAUUGGAUUCAAAUCAGUAUUUCGGGUAACUGAUGCUCCAGAGAUCCAUUCAAAUGGUUUCCAUGUGAAAUUUGACAUUACAAAAGGCCAGAUUGGUUUUGUAUUGCCAACUGCUGUUCCACCCUACAGUGCCAGCUCUUUGAGUAGAAUGUUAUCUGCUGAAGAUGACAAGGGUGCUUGUUCCCUCUGGAACACUUGCAUUUUACUUCCGUUCAGAUCUAAAUUCAGGGAUGGCACUGGCAUGUGCUCCAUUGCAUCCAUGUUUUCAGAUCUCCAUCCUUCUUUGCUCCUGUUCCUUCACCGACUAAAUUGUAUCAAGUUUAAGAAUGUGUUGAAUGACACACUGCUGAUUAUGAGAAGGAAGGCUCUUGGUGAUGGCAUUGUGAGGAUCUCACAUGGGAAUGAGAUAAUGAGUUGGUUGGUACUUAGUAAGAAGUUACAGGGCACACUAGUACGCCAUGAUGUGCGCACCACAGAGAUAGCUUUGGCAUUUACAUUGCAGGAGACUGAGAAUGGAGAGUAUGAGCCUUACUUGAAGCAACAACCUGUGUUUGCUUUUCUACCCCUGAGGAACUAUGGUCUUAAAUUCAUUCUUCAAGGAGAUUUUGUUUUACCUUCUUCCAGAGAGGAAGUGGAUGCAGAUAAUGCAUGGAAUCAGUGGUUGUUGUCUGAAUUCCCUUCUUUGUUUGUCAGUGCACAAGAAUCCUUUUGUUCUCUUUCUUGCUUCCAGAGGUGUCCUGGAAAGGCAGUUACAGCCUUUAUGAGUUUUGUUCCUCUAGCAGGAGAAGUUCAUGGGUUCUUUUGUAAGCUCCCUCAUUUAAUCAUUUCCAAGUUACGCCUGACACGGUGCAUGGUUUUGGAGGGCUCUAGUUCUCAGUGGGUCUACCCGUGCAAUGUACUCAAGGGUUGGGAUGAACAGACUAGAAUGCUAUUUUCUGAUGGCUUACUUCAUGAUCAUCUUGGUCUUGGGUAUCUGUCGAAAGAUAUCAUCAUAUCUGACACAUUAUCGAGGGCCCUAGGUAUUCACGUCUAUGGACCAAAUGUUUUAAUUGAUGUGUUAUCAUCCAUUUGCCGAACCGAUGGUUGUAUUGAGUCGCUGGGGAUGGAAUGGCUGUGUGCUUGGUUUGUUACACUUGAUUUGACAUUGUUGCCCCAUUCUUCUCAAAAUAUUCUCUCGACAACAAGUCUCGAAGGUGAUCUUCUAUGUGCCCUCAGGAAAUUACGAUGCAUCCCGCUUUCAGAUGGUUCAUUUAGCUCUGUAGCAGAUGGUCCUAUAUGGUUGCCUCCUGAUAUCCUCAAUUCCACACCAGACUGCAAAAGUAGCUUAAAGGAUUUUCCAGUUCUGUAUAGUAACCUUCGUAUUGUAAGUCCUCACCUUAUCUCUGUGUCUGGUAAAAAUAAAUACCUCAUGGAAGAAAUGAGAGCUAAUGCUCUGAUGGACAUUCUUCUGAAAAUCGGGGUGCGGAAGUUGUCUGGACAUGAAAUUAUCAAGAAUCAUAUCCUGGUGUCCUUGUCAAAUGGUUCAGAUGCUGAUAUGGCUGAUAAGAUGAUGAUAGAGUAUAUGAGUUUUAUUAUGCUUCAUCUUCAGUCUCCAUGUACAAGCUGUAACUUUGAAAGACAAGAUAUAGUGUCGGAACUACGGAAUAGACCUAUAUUUCGUACUAACCAUGGCUACAAGUGCCCGGCUGAUGAACCGAUUCACUUCAGUAUAGAAUAUGGAAAUUCUGUGGAUACAGGCAAGCUGUUUCAGAAUGUUGAAAUUAGAUGGCUUGAACUUGAUAGUUGUUAUUUGAUGAAUCAUGAUUCAUAUUUGUCACCGUUGGUGCUUAAAAAAUGGAGGGAGUUUUUUGCGGAGAUGGGUGUGACUGAUUUUGUGCAGGUAGUGAAAGUUGAGAAAAAUAUACCCCAAGUUGAUUCCUUGAUAGCAGGAAAACUUUCACAAGGUGAUAUUUCUGGAACACCAUCUACCGUGUAUGAUUGGGAGUCACCAGAACUGACUAGUAUUUUGUCAACAUUUUCUUCAAGAAAAUGCCGAGAAAAUUGUAUAUAUCUUCUGGAGGUUCUUGACAGCUUCUGGGAUGAUUAUUACAGUGCAAAAGCUUGGUGUCUGACAAACGUCACACAUUGUGGUGAAAACAGAACAGUUGAGUCAUCCUUUAUGAAAUGUAUCCAGAGCUUCAAAUGGAUAGCAUCAAGUGUGGAUUAUGACCUUCAUUAUGCAACAGAUUUGUUCUAUGAUUUUGAAAAUGUGCGCUCUCUGCUUGGUAGCGUGGCCCCAUACGCUGUACCCCAGGUCUCCAGCAGAUCACUAAGAAAGGACAUUGGAUUCAAAACCAACGUAUCCCAUAGUGAUGCUUUGAUGGUCCUUAAGUUAUGGAUAGCAUCACAAGUUCCUUUCAAUGCAAGUGUGCACCAGAUGUGCAAAUUCUACACCUUUGUGUCAGAAGGUUUGGCUGAUACAAAGAUUGACAUUAGACGGGAGUUUGUGUCAUGCUCGUCUAUAUUUACACCACUACUCCACCCUCGAUCAAGUGAGGUCAUCCUUGGGAACUUUUUAUCCCCAAAAGAGCUCUAUUGGCAUGACCCAACAGGAUGUUAUGAAACAACAGAGCAAUUCGUUUCAGUAAAGAAGAGCAUCUUCCCGAGAAAGAUGCUAUGUGCUGCCUAUCCAAGCCUUUGUGAAUUCUUUGUUGAGGCAUGUGGUGUGCCAAAAGUCCCAACAAUACCCGAUUAUGUUGAGAUGCUUUUACGGUUAUCAAAUGCUGCAUUGCCAUCACAAGUAGCCCAUCAGGUCUUCCGUGUAUUUGUGAGAUGGGCUACUGAUCUCCAGUCUCCGAAUGACAAGAUGAACGAUAUAGUUUAUUUGAAAGAAUCUCUUCAGAAGUUAGAGACAACAAUAUUGCCAACCAUUCGUGAUAAAUGGGUCUCUCUCCAUCCAUUGUUUGGCCUUAUUUGCUGGGUAGAUAACGAUGAGUUGAAGCAGCACUUUAAGAACUCCAAUGAUGUUGACUUCAUACAAUUUGGUGAACUUUCUUCCGAGGACAAGCAAAUAUUGUAUGGACGGGUUGCUGCACUAAUGAAAAGCUUAGGUAUCCCAGCACUUUCUAAGGUUGUGUGUCGUGAAGCAAUAUUUUAUGGCACAGCUGACAACAGGGAAAAGGCUAAUUUAUUGUGUAGACUUUUACCAUAUAUGCAACGUUACAUCUAUAAGACACAUAGAGAUGCUUAUGUGAACUUUCAGCAAAAUGAGAUCAUGAAACUUAGCAAUCUUCAGAUUAUAGUUGUUGAGAAGUUAUUCCACAAGUAUAUGCUCAAAGGACGUGAGAGUUCUUCUAAGAGAAGAUUCAAAACCCAUUGUCUUUUGCAGGGAAAUAGUCUAUAUGCUACACAAGAAGCUGAUUCACAUACAUUGUUUCUGGAACUUUCUAGACUUUUCUUUGAUGGAUCUCCUGAUCUGCACUUUGCAAAUUUUCUGCACAUGGUCAAAACAAUGGCAGAAUCUGGCACCCCAGCUGAACAAAUUGAGUCUUUCAUUGUUAAUAAUCAGAAUGUGCCUGAGUUGCCAGAACACGAAGCAGUUUGGUCCCUUUCUUCCUUGUUUGCAGAAAACCAAGGUGUUGAUUCCGAACAGGUUGGAUCCUUAUCUGCUUGUGAUUCCAGUGCUCCCAAACAUCAGAGGUCGGCGGAAAUUGUUUCAAGCUGGCCACCUAGUAAUUGGAGAACAGCCCCUGAUUCUACAACAUCACACAGAAGCCAGCAUGGAAACACAAAUGUAAAUGAUGUUGACUGUGCAAGUACAAAAGAUUCAUGGUUUCAUGUUCAGAUCGAAGGGGAUUGGACUAUAAAAGAGGAUACAAGGUUAGAGAAUACAUUACUCACAGAAAGUACUGCGGCAACGUUGGAUGAGCCUCAGAUGGUGAUGUCUGUUGACUCUGCCAGUGCACCUGCUUAUUUGGACUUGGAGACGCCUACCGAAAAUCUUGAUACUGAGGUAAUAGACUUCAAUGAUAAUUUUUCCAAUGUUUCAGAAAGUAGGGAUAGGCUCCGUACAGGGGCUCCAGAGGCAAGCCAGUUACAAAAAACUGGCAGGACUGGUGAAGCUAUGGUCUACAAACAUUUCGUUGAGCAGCUAGGGUCCAAUAAUGUCAGGUGGGUGAACAGAGAAAUCGAAACGGGACUGCCUUAUGAUCUUGUUAUCAACCGCGGAGAGAAUUUGAUAGAGUAUGUGGAGGUAAAGGCAACUACAUCGUCAAACAAAGAUUGGUUCUACAUCUCGACGAGGGAGUGGCAGUUUGCGUUGGAGAAAGGGGAUGCAUUCAGCAUCGCCCGUGUAGUGCUGUCAGCUGGACAGAAAGCGAGUAUCCUUAUGUUGCAAAAUCCACACAAGCUCUGUCAGAAGAAACAAUUGCAUCUCGCUCUCUUGAUGUCGACGCCGGGACAGUGAAGCCAAACACUGGCAACCAUCUGCAGGUGCAGAAUGGAGUGAUUGUUUGAACUUGUCAGCAGUAAUCACUGAGGUCUGCAUCUUUGCUGAGGCAGCCUUGUGUCCCUCAAGAGGAGGGAUCCACAGAUUCUCUCACCGAUCCAACACUAACGAGUCCACGAAACCUCUUUGCUGCAUAGAAAGCGAGAUGGGAUGCGGUGGCCUUGCGAGAUUAUCAGCACAGGCGUUCAGUUCUCACAGUAUGUCUUCGCUUCCUGGGGGAAAUGCCAUGCCUCUCGGUGAUGAUGGUUCUGGGUCGUGCCAUACCCUUUUUUUUCAAGAGGAACCGGUCGUGCCAUGCCCAUACAUCAUAGGACAUCAUAGCCUGCAGCUCUUGCGUCAUUGAAUUGUAACCUGUUGUAUAAUAUUCGAUACACACUCGGUAACUAACGAUUCUUCUCUCGCCCAUUCGUUUGAUUGGUGGUAACACCAUCACAUGAAUCAAAUGUCUCCAAUUCGUGGUUACCAUGUGCUCGUGGCUACUUGCUCCACUAGUAUCUCAGUUUGUGUG